CGUUACCAACACCAUUCGACCAGUCGUACAAGAAGUUUCAUACGCGAAAGUUGUCAUUGAAAAGUUUUAAAUAAAAUCGAAUUCUGUUUUUUUUUAAGACAUUUUUUUAGUUUCGAGAUUCUAUAGGAUCUAGAAAAGUUACUUUUUGAGAUUUAACUUUUUGGUUGAUUAAAAUCGUGUCAACUUAGUAUUAAGUUUAAAAUUUUUGAUAUGUUGUGUAUUUGAUUUUGGAUUGGGAUUCAAACGCCCUUAUUAUUUUUAAAAGGAAACGAUGUCGGCACACUGGAACCGAUUUUUAUUACUACUUUCCACCAUAACACUAUGGAUUAUCGAGUUGAAUGCGAAAGAAGUAAGAAUAGUUUGUUAUUACACAAAUUGGUCGGUGUACAGACCAGGAGAUGCCAAAUUCAAUCCUCAAAAUAUCAAUCCUUACCUUUGCACGCAUUUAGUAUACGCCUUUGGAGGAUUCACCAAAGAAAACACAUUAAAACCGUUCGAUAAAUAUCAAGAUAUAGAGAAAGGUGGUUACGCAAAAUUUGUUGGUUUGAAAACGUACAAUAAAAACUUAAAGACACUCUUGGCUAUCGGAGGAUGGAACGAAGGAUCGACGAGGUUCUCACCGAUGGUGGCAAAUGCGGACCGACGAAAAGAACUUGUUAAAAACACGAUCAAAUUCCUUCGUCAAAAUCAUUUCGACGGAUUAGAUUUGGAUUGGGAAUACCCAAGCUUUCGAGAUGGCGGGAAAGCGAGAGAUCGUGACAAUUAUGCUCAAUUAGUUCAGGAAUUACGUGAAGAAUUCGAUAGGGAAUCGCAAAAAACCGGAAGACCUAGGUUGUUAUUAACCAUGGCUGUUCCGGCUGGUAUCGAAUAUAUCAAUAAAGGAUAUGAUAUACCAAAAUUAAAUGAAUAUUUGGAUUGGAUGAACAUUUUAAGUUACGAUUAUCAUUCAGCUUACGAACCAGCGGUUAAUCAUCAUUCUCCACUUUAUCCCAUCGAAGAAGAAAACGAAUACAGUCUCGACAUUGAUCUAAAUAUAGAUUACACCAUUAAACACUAUGUAAAAAUGGGGGCCGAUAAAUCUAAAUUAGUCCUUGGAAUACCGACUUAUGGAAGAUCAUACACUUUAUACAACCCGGAUGCAAACGAAAUCGGAUCUCCAGCGGAUGGACCAGGAGAAAUGGGGGAAGCUACAAGAGAAAACGGCUAUCUUGCUUAUUACGAAAUUUGUGAAAACUUAAAAUCGGAAGAUUGGACUAUAGAAGCACCAUAUCCAGACGCAAUGGGGCCAUACGCUUACAAUAAUAACCAAUGGGUGGGUUACGAUGAUGAGGAAAUUGCAAGCAAAAAAGCUGAAUAUGUCGCCAAAAACGGUUUGGGUGGAAUAAUGUUUUGGUCCAUCGAUAACGAUGAUUUUAGAGGGAAAUGCGGUGAACGACCGUAUCCCAUCAUCGAAGCCGCUAAAGAAGCUUUAUUAAAAGCUUACGGUUUAACAGACGCCAGCUUAUUAGCAACAACCAAAAAACCGAUCAAAAAUAGAUCCAAAACAAGGGGAACAACGAAAGUAAUUGAAAGCACAACGGAAACAUCACCCUCGAUUCGCCCAAGACCCAACUCAAGAAGGAAAAACAUCAAUAGAGUUACCGAAGAUGGUAAACAAAAAAGACGACCUGCAAGUGGAAGAAGUAAAAAGAAGCAACAAACAACGACGCUUAGCUCAAUUAGUAGUUUGGUAGUUACACCUAGUUAUACCACCCCAGCUCCUCCAAGCACCCCGGAUGGUGGGGGCGACUUUAAAUGCGAAGACGAAGGAUUUUUCCCACACCCCAAAGACUGCAAAAAAUAUUUCUGGUGUCUUAGCGGACCUUCCGAUCUUGGAAUCGUGGCCCAUCAAUUUACUUGCCCCGCAGGUUUAUAUUUCAAUAAAGCAGCAGCUUCUUGUGAUUACUCCCAAAACGUUUUAUGCAACAAAAAGCUAUCUAAAUCAACAACAACAACCACCACCACAACAACAUCCCCUUCAUCAACAAGAAAACCUCCACCAAAAAUUACAGCAGCAACUAGUCGAACCACAGUAACAACAACCGAAGAACCUGAAAUUGAAGACGAAUACGAUGAAGAAUACGACGAAGAAAUUCUUGGAGGCGCCAAAGACGCCGAACAAGACCCAAGGGUUAUCAAAGAAUUAAUCGAAUUGAUCAAAAAAGCUGGGGGCAUUGAAGAAUUGGAGAAGCAAUUAAAUAUAUCUGAUGGUAGUGGUGGAAAUGUUAACGGAAAUACUAAUUUAGAUGCGACGACUCGUUCUAGUUUAAAUAAAUCGUUAUAUCAACGUGUUCUUGGACGAGCUACUGCCACUUUAAAUGAACAAAAGAAGACAUCUUUUAAAACAUACAAUACAAUCGGAAGAAAUAGUAGAGGCCCACAAAAUGAAGGAAUAGAUAAUGAAAAAAUCGAGAAAUCCGUUGAAACUCCAAAAACGCGAGGUCGUCCUCAAUACACAUCAAUAAUUCGUUCCAGGCCGUCGACUGAAGCUAGCGAACAAGAAAUAAAGAAACCCGUCGAAGAUGAUGAACAAAGUGAACAAGAUGCAAUUUCUGAACCACCAACAACUCGUUUACGGUCAUCGCCAUUUAGAAAAUCUCAACCUGAAUAUGUAACAAUUAGACGACAAAGAAUAACGACUACGACAGAAAUAAAUGAUACGGAAGACAAAGAAAGUUAUGCUGACGACGAAGAGAAUGAGUCCAAGUCUCGAUCUACAACCUCGUCUCCGUAUGUUACUAUUAGAAGAUUUAGACCUACAACAGAAAAAUCUAAAGAAAAUGCGAAUAAUGAGAAUACCGAAGAAAAUACAACUACACCAAGAUACGUUGAAUUAAGAAGCAGAGGAACGACUACUUCCACGGAAGCUUCAUCAUCAUAUUCACCUGAAAUAUCUUCUACGCAAUCAUCAAUUGAUGAAAAUUUAAAUUCAGUGGAAGAAAAUACGGUGGAAAAUACGGAUGAACAUAGCAAUAUAACUGAAUUGAAUAAUGUUAUAAAUAAAACGGAUGGUUUGAACGAUGUUGUUGAUAACAUAAGGGAAAUUAUUAAUAGUCAAAAAGAAGAGGAAGCCGAGAAAAUACCGGUUUUAGCUGACCCAAGACCGUUUUCUUUAAAUAAUCAAAGAAAACAUACAAUAUUCACCCCAUCUGUGCCGACAACAACAACAACAACAAAAACAACAACUCAAGAUAUUUUAGAAAAUCAAAGAUUAAAGGUGAGUGUAGGUAUUAAUAAAAAUUUUAAUCAACAACAACAAGAGGAUGGGAACAAUGAUGUAUUAGACGACGAUAAAUUUCCAUCAAAACAUCGAUUUUCAACGGAAACUUCCAAUGAUGACUAUCAAAUCAAUAAAAGAAUUCGCGGAAGAGGCCAAUCAAGAUUUACAGGUCAUCAAACUGUCGCGACCACGAUUAGACCACGUCCAGUUAUUAAAGUUACCGAAAAACCUUACAGCGAUUAUGAAAUAAUCGAAUAUAAUCGUAAAUAUCGUCCGGAUAUUGUAGCAGAAAUAUCAGAUUUAUCAUCGUUGUUAGCAGUUGACUUAAAAGAUUUAAAUUCUGGAAGAAAUAAUGGUAGGAGAAGACGUCCAACAACUACCACAACAUCUACCACUACAACCACUUCAGAACCAAAUGAAAUUGAAAAAACUGGAUCAAGAACGAUUCCGUUAGCUAGAAAAUUGUUAAAUGGGGCUCAAUUUGGUAGAUCAAAUCGAUUUAGAUCUACAACAAGUACAACAACUAGUACAAGUAAAGUUAGAUUGGUUGGAGAAAGUAAAGAUGAUGAGAAUGGGAAGGAUGUUACUGAAAAAGUUGUGAUUAAGAAAUUUGGUAGACCGCUUGCGUUUAAAAAUCCUAAUCGAUUCAGAAAAAACUUUAAUAUAAGUGAAGAAACUCAACAAGUUCAUUCAACAAUAAGUCAAUCGACAACAAGUCAAUCAACUACAAGUCAAUCAACUACAAGUCAAUCAACUACAAGUCAAUCAACUACAAGUCAAUCAACUACAAGUCAAACAAUACCAAAUCAAUCAACAACAAAUCAAUCAAUAACAAGUCCUACAACAACGACAACGUUACGAAGUUUACCAACAAGAAGAAGAAUCGUUUUGAGAAAGUUAAUUAAACCUCAUACAACAAGUACAACGACGAGUACAACUACAACAUCAACAACACCAAGCACAACAUCAACAACAACAAGUACAGAGCCAACAACAAUUAAUGUAACAGAAAAGGAAAUUUUAACAUCAGAAAAAGUUGGGUUGGAAAAAGAAACUUUGGUAACUGAAAAUGAAAGUAUACCAACUGAAGCUCAAACAACAAUAAAUACAAACAAAGGAGAUGAUGAUAAAGAAAAAAUAACUCUUCGAAAUGAAAUAUUGGAAACGAAAAAAGUGUUAGUUGAUAAAGAAGAUGGUGAUGAUGAUAAAUCUGAAGAAGCUGAUGAUAAUGAGGAAGAAGGUGAAAAUAUUAAACUUUCAGAAUCAAUUGUAAGAGAAAGCAGCCAAAAUUUUCGAAAUAAUCUACAAGAAGGUAUAAUAUUUGGGAAAGAAGAUAAAUCAUUUAAAUCGAUCAAUUUCGAUGAAAAAAGAAAGUUUACGACUGAGUUACCCUAUUCAAUUCGUACUCGUAAAAUAAUCAGGAAAUUGACGACCACAGAAGUUCCUCAAAGUUCUUCAACCGAAACUGAAACGAAAUUUAAAAAAAUAAUUUCUAGAUUAAAACCAACCACUGGUUUUGGAAAUGAAAAAUUCGAAACGAGUACAAUUUCUUUACUAAACAAAGAACCGAAAAGAAAAUACGGUUUUAGAAGAUUAUCUUUGCCCAAAAAAUUGAAUGAAGACGAAAAUGAACCGGAAAUUAAAACUAAACCCGACGAGAAUCAAGAUAAUUUUAAACCUUUAAAACCAACAAGUUUUAAACCCAACCGACCGUUAUUCAGACGAAGAAAAAUUACAAACUUAGAAAAAAAUGAACAAAGAUUUAUUACAUCAACCCAAAAACCUCUCCAAGAAGAUUUACGUUUAAAUAAAUCAUUGUACAACCGAAGAAUUCCCACUUUUACAGUUUAUAGCACAACAACAACAACCGAUAAUUAUAAUUUAAAUCAAAAUGAAGAAGAAGAAAGCACAAUCAGUACAGAAAAGGAAAAUGUUGAGGUAAAAGAUAAAAUAAAUUAUGAAACCACAACAGAAUUUGAGAAAGAAACGAGUAUUUUGGAUAAUUUAAGAACAAUGUUUAAAGAAGAAGAUUUAAAGGAAACAUCAACUAUCGAUUUGAAAGAAAUUAUUUCGACAACUUCGUUAUGGAAUGAUGAAACAACUUUAAGUGAUGAUGAAACUACGUUAAGCGAUGAUAAAACAACGUUAAGUGAGGAUAAAACAACUUUAAACGAAGAUGAACCAAUAUUAGAUGAUGAUAAAACAACAAUAAUAAAUGAUCAUCGUAUAUUGGAUGAGGAAACAACUUUAUACGAUGAUAAAACGGCAAUAAGCGAUGAUGAAACAACUUCAACUGAUAACAAAACGACAUUAAAUGAUGAAGAAACAACUUUAAGUACUAAGAUUAAAGAAACGUUUGAAAAUGAACAAACGACAGAAGAAAUAUUAAACACAACGUUUAAACCAAAAGUAGUAACUUCUUCAAUAAAUCAUCCUUCAACGAGGUAUGGGGAAUCAUCUAAUUUAACAUUAUUUUCAAGAGUAGGUCGAUUAUAUUUAAAAAAUAAGCAAUAUGGUGGUAUAAACAAUCUUCUAGGUGGUGAUAAAUCAAGUCAAAGCUCAACUACUGAGUCACCGUUAAGUAAACUUUUACAUCGAAAGAAAGAACUUGAAAGAUUGUCAACAACUACAGAAAAAGAAGAAACCAUAGAAAAUGUUCAAUUUGAAAGUGAUGUAAAUGAGUUUACGACUGAAAAUGAUGAAAUUGCAACAAAUCAAGAAGAUUUAAUAACAACUAUUAAUGAUUUGAUAACAACAACAGCUUUGGAUGAUUCUUCUUCAAUUGAAACUUCAACUGAAUAUGUAUCAACAACGACAACAACAAGGAAACCGAGUCGAUUGUUUAGACCAAUUGCAUUGAGACCGAAAUUUACAGGAAGACUUAAAUCAGAUUUAUCAACAACUUCAACAACAUCGUCUCCUUUUACUUCUGAAAGAAUUAAAGCUAACAGAUUUAAUAAAUAUAAACCAACGCCAAGGAGAUUUUCUUCUAGUUCCACGACAGAAAAUCAAGAGAAAGAUGAUGUAAUAAUCGAUGAAUCAGAUGAAUAUGUUGAUGAAUUGGAUGAUGUCGAUGAAAAAGAAAAACAAAAACCAAGUUUGUUUUCAAAACCGGGUUAUAAACCGAGUUAUAUUAUAUUAAAACCAUCGGAUAAUGAAGAUGAAUAUGAAAGUAAUGAAGAUGUUUCGUCCCAAAAACCAUCGACAAGAACAUAUAAAAAGUUCACGACACCCGCACCUGUUUCUCAAAAUUUACCUGAUAUAAACAUAACAGUCGUUAGUCAAAGAAAUCGUAAUUUAUUUAAUAAAACAAGAAAAAUGAAUACUCCAUUCCCAAAUAUUCCGUUUAGAAACGAAACGAACACCACGAACUCAAUAGAACAAAGCUUAUUAACAUCAACAAAACAAGAUGAAAUCACUGAAAAAAUAACAUCAUCAACUACAACAACCGAAAAAGUUACAACUCUCCAUCACAUUUUCGCUGAAACUGAAAAUCCAAAUGAAAUGACAACAAAGAGUUACCCACAACAAAUCGAUGAGAAAAAAGUUGAGAAAAUCGUUGAGAUUAAUCGAAUUGUAAAAGUAACGUCGAAAGUUAAAAAUGGAACCGAUGAAAAAAUUGAUGGCGAUGAUAAAGUUGAUAAAAGUAGAUUGCUUGUAUCGAGGGUUGUUGAAAUAAAAGUGGUUGAAAGUGAAAAUGGAACCAACAUAACGAGACAAGAUAAAAAAUAUGAAACGAAUCAAAAAAAUGAUUUUGAUAUUCCCGUUAGUAACAAUCAAAACGGGAUUCAGGUGAAUCAAAUACGAAUUGAUUCUGUUUCUUCUUCGAAAAAGAUUACGCCGAAACCUUUUUAUUCGGUUGAAACGGCGACGAUUCCAUUGGAAGGACUUUUCCAAACGAAUCAUCCGCCGGAAGAAAAAGUUGAUUUACAAAAUGAACUUUUGGAAGGUGAAAAUUCUAAUUAUGUAAACGUGAGGGUUUUACAACAAGACACGAAUCGUUUGGGCGAUAGAAGAAAAAUCGCAAAUGGGAAAUUUAUUCCCGUUCGGAUUUUAAAAGAUAACGAAGAUGAAGAAGUCAAAGCGGAUGUUAUUGAAGUAACUCCAUCGGAAAGUAAUCAACAAAUAAGAAUAGUACCGAUUUCAGUUUCUAUACAGCAAACAAAUUAAAAAAAAA